CACCAAUGUCGUGUUGGAGGGCUUGUGACCUUCCUUGCUUUGUCCGGAACUAAGACACCCGGCCGCUCGGCAACAAUACAAAGCGGCGCGGUUGGGACGAGUUCCCAUUCAUCACUGGUCCGAGCUUCGGAGCGCAAACACGGCUGGGCGUAAUGCGCGUACUGAGCCACAUUGGCAGCUGGAGAACGUGAUAUAGUUACACCGGAGAUGCAACCUUCUUCUGCCGCCGUUGCUGCUGCCUUCCUAACUCCGCUAGAGCAUUAUUACUGAAGCCAUGGAACGACCACCUAGGUACCAACCUGUGAGCGCAGAUGAGGAGGAAGAGAUCGUGAGACAGCUUGAAGAAGAGAAGGAUGGCAUCGCUUGGAACAACAAUUCCACGGAGAUUAUUCCGACAAACACACGCAGCUUCGUCGCUUUCAUGUCACUGCUGCUGCUAUCCCUCUCCGCAAACGUGCUAUUGGUAAUGGACAAUGCAAAACUGCGAAUCUUGACUCACAGUGCUGGAAAGACGCCUUACAGUGGUCUGACCUUUGACACUCCUGUCGCUUAUGAACCUAUAUCACCAUUCUGGAACCCCUUUAUCAGUACCCAGGAAAUGGACGUAGCGUGGGAUUCCAUCGACACCAACCCUAUGGCAGUGGCACUUCACGACGACUUCGUGCGCAAGGUUGGACUGCCUCCAUCUGGCCGUUUUCCAUGGGAUACAGAGCGCAGCAUCUACUACCUGAAAGGGAUUCACGAUUUACACUGUGUGAAGUACAUUCGCAAGGCUAUCACAGUGAAGCACACCGGUGGCAACCAGACCUUCGACUUCCACCACAUUAAUCAUUGCCUGAAUGGCUUGCGACAAGAUAUAAUGUGCGCAGCUGACGACACUCCGAUGCCAGCUCUGGCGGAACACAUCGGCGCUGAUCAGGUUCGGAAAUGUCGUGAUUGGAGUAAGAUGACCAAGUGGGCUACACAACUGGACCGACAUGCUUGCUACAAGCUCGACGAUUAUCGUGAGGCCACCAACACCCUCGAACAGUUUGCAUUUUGUCCGCCCGGGUCGCCUUAUCAGCCCAUCCAACAGGCUUACUUCGACUACCAUGGACAUAAGGAUCCAUACGAGGUCAAGGAUGACGACGACGAGGUCGUAAUAUUCUGAAAGCGCUUGUGUUCUGAUCGACAGGAGUUAUGUUGGACGGCAGGUUUGCGCAGCGCAUCUCAAAUGAAAGUGCAAUACACCAAAGUCUGCUCCAACUCAAUUUCAA